AUGGAACGCCGGGAGACCCACGAUCGCGGCACGUCGCCCGGGCAACCGGGGACGAUAAAGCCCUUCCAAGGCGGCGGCGGCGGUGUAGCGGAUGCCAUGAUGUCCAACCCCGAGCCUGCUCUGCCCCUUCUCCCGGGCACGUCCUGUGCGGACCCCACGAAAACAGACUUCCAUAGAAGCCAAACACUGAACUACUCGCAUGGCUAUGCAAUGGCUCGUCGUCCAACGGUUGGAAUAGGCGGGGACCGGCUCCAGGUCAACCAGCUGUCCCAGGCUGACCUGGAUGAGUUGGCUAACAAGGCACCACUUCUAACAUAUGGUGAACCUAAGCAGGCUGCACCUCCAGAAUUUAUUCCUGCGCAUGUGGCUUUUGACAAAAAGGUACUGAAGUUUGAUGCCUAUUUUCAAGAAGAUGUUUCUAUGUCCACUGAGGAACACUAUCGGAUCCGUCAGGUGCACAUUUACUACUACCUGGAAGAUGACAGCAUGUCAGUCAUAGAGCCUCUGGUGGAAAACUCUGGGAUCCCUCAAGGCAAGCUAAUCAAACGUCAGCGCUUACCCAAGAAUGACCAGGGAGACCAUUACCAUUGGAAAGACCUAAACCGAGGAAUAAACAUUACAAUUUAUGGCAAAACUUUCCACAUUGUUGAGUGUGAUGGAUUCACAAAGGAAUUUUUGGAAAGUCAAGGAAUUGAAUUAAAUCCACCUGGAAAGAUGGCUCUCGAUCCUUACACAGAACUUCGGAAACGGCCUCUUCAUCAGUAUGUCACUCCAUCGGACUUUGAUCAACUCAAGCAGUUUCUCACCUUUGACAAACAAGUUCUUCGAUUCUAUGCGAUCUGGGAUGAUACCGACAGCAUGUUCGGUGAAUGUCGGAAGUACAUCAUUCAUUACUAUCUUAUGGAUGAUACAGUAGAAAUUCGAGAGAUCCAUGAACGGAAUGAUGGGCGUGAUCCCUUCCCGGUCCUGAUGAACCGCCAGCGCAUGCCCAAGAUUUUGGUGAAUUCAAAGGACUUCCCUAAGUGCGUGCUGGAAAUCUCUGAUCAGGAGGUGCUGGAAUGGUAUACUGCCAAAGACUUCAUCGUUGGGAAGCCACUCACUAUCCUCGGGAGAACCUUCUUCAUUUACGAUUGUGAUCCAUUUACUCGACACUAUUUCAAAGAAAAGUUUGGAUUCUCUGAUUUACCAAGUAUUGAUGUAAGGAAGAAGGAACAACCUCCAGUAAAACAGGAAUUACCUCCCUAUAAUGGUUUUGGACCAGUCGAAGAUUCUGCUCAGAAUUGUUUUGUUCUCAUUCCAAAAGCUCCGAGAAAAGAUAUUAUUAAAAUGCUGAUGAAUGAGAACAAGGUGCUUCGUUUUUUGGCUUCAUUGAAAUCCCCCUAUCCAGAAGACAAAGGCCGUCGAUUUGUAUUCUCUUAUUUUCUAGCCACUGACAUGAUCAGUAUCUUUGAGCCUCCAGUUCGAAAUUCUGGUAUCAUUGGGGGCAAGUACCUUGGCAGAACAAAAGUUACCAAACCACACUCUACGGUGGGAAACCCCAUCUACUAUAGCCCUAGUGACUUCUUCAUUGGCGCUGAGAUUGACGUGUUUGGCCACCAGUUCACCAUCCUGGAUACAGACGACUAUGUCUUGAAAUAUAUGGAAAGCAAUGCUGCCCAGUAUUCACCAGAGGCACUCUUGUCGAUUCAGAACCACAUUCAAAAGCGGGAAGCUCCUGCACCAGAGUUGGAAAAAACACCAACGGGAGUGGAUCCAAGCAUGCAGGAACUUGAAGCAUUAAUAGGCAGCAUCCAGAAACAAGUGAAAGAUCAUCCCUGUAGAGACAACAUUCAAGAGGCAUUCCAACUUUAUGACAAGGAAGCGACAGGAUACGUGGACAAAGAGGAGUUCUUUAAAAUCUGUAGCACUCUUAACGUCCCAGUUGACGAUUCCUUGACUAAGGAGUUAAUCAGACUGUGCUCUCACGGAGAAGACAAGAUCAACUACUACAACUUUGUCCGGGCUUUCUCAAACUGA